CUGAAAUCGACAAGGUUUCAUUUAGAGAAAUGCUUGUUUCGAUUGAGUUUUUCAUGUUUUUACCAACUGUUCUCUUGAUUUGAGAAUAAGUGUGAUUGAAAGACGAUGGUGAAUGAAUCAGAACUUAAUUCAGGAACUCCAGAGGUCGUGCAUUCGAAUCAGCUACUCAAAGGUUUGAAUCAACUUCGACAGAGACGGGAGCUUUGUGAUGUUGAAUUGUGCGCCGGAGAAAAAAGAGUUUCGGCCCAUCGUGUUGUUUUAUCGGCUUGUAGUCCCUAUUUUAAUGCCAUGUUUACAGGAAAUCUCCUUGAGAGCCAGAAACAGGUCAUACAUUUGAGAGAAGUAGACGAAAAUGCGCUUCAUACCCUUGUGGAUUUUGCAUACACUGGAAAAGCUAGAGUUACACAAGAAAACGUCCAACUUUUACUUCCAGCAGCUAACAUGCUUCAGUUGAGCAGAGUUAAGGAAAUCUGCUGUCAUUUUCUUAGUCAACAGCUACAUUCUAGUAACUGUUUAGGAAUCAGCAAGUUCGCUGAAGCAUACUCUUGCCACAGCUUGCAGAAGAAAUCGAGAAAAUUCAUUCAAGACCAUUUUCAAGAGGUCGUAAAACAUGAAGAAUUUUUGCUUCUACCAGUAGGCCAGCUAACAGAACUUCUUAAAGACGAUAAUUUGAACGUUGUCUCUGAACAAGUUGUGUUUGAAGCAUUGCUCUUGUGGAUUAAACACAAGCUCCCAGAACGAAUUUCUCUUCUUGCUAAACUUCUGAAAUAUGUUCGUCUGCCUCUACUGACUCUUCGUUUCCUGACGUCAAACUACGAGACAAAUGAACUAAUUCGCGCAGACAGAACGAGCCAAAUUGUACUGAACGAAGCCUUAAAAUACAGACUUGUUCAAGCCAAAGGGGUUCCCUGUGAGAAAGCAAUGAAACCUCGACGUGCUCCUAGGAGGAUUUUUGCGCUUGGAGGAAAAAAUGGCCUGUUUGCGACUUUGAGCAGCGUUGAGUAUUACGAGCCAGAAAGAGAUCGCUGGACUGAAGUUUCGAGCAUGAAACUUCGAAGAUUCGAGUUUGGAGCUGCUGUUCUAGAUGGUAAAUGAUAACUUGAGUUUAAUAGGCUUCAUUUAACUGUUAGCCGUACAGUUAUUAGCUUUGUAAUGUCAACUAUUUGUUUCAUUUUGUUUUUCAACAACCCAGCUUCCUUUUCGCUUGCCAAAAUCUUGAAAAUCAAUGAUUUUGUGAUUUUGAUUGUAUUCAAGCCGUAAUCUACGCCAGGCUUUUCUCUGUUCUGCUUAGGAUUCCAAUAUUCGUGGAUGAAUUUAUCAAGUAAACAUUCACGCUCGAAAACUGAAUAUUAUUUUAAGAAAAUGCAUUGAAAGAUAUUCUUAAUCCCUACAUGUCAUGGCAAUUACCUGGCAUGUUUGGGUUGAGGUUAGAAUGGAGAGGACUAGGUGACAAUAAAGCCUCGAGUGUCACCUUUUCUCGUAUUCGAUUUGUUAUUUGAUACAUGUAUGGCUGUGUCUUAAAAGGACUGGAAACUAUUUAAUUCAAGAAUGUGGGGAAUUUGAUGGCUAAAGUAAGUAAUGGCUGCAGUAUAGAUUUUCCCAUCUAGACCAGCAUGUGGACCCGGGGGGGGCACUGCCAUAUAUGGGCUAUAUAGGUAUGUGAAGGGAUGGUUUUCAAAACUAGGAUAGGGUAUAUAAACAUUUAGGGUAUAACUCAGUUGGUUGAAGAUUUUAUCUAGACCAGGGAAACAGCUAUCCAUUCAACUAGUAUAGGGUAGCAAAAAAACUUCUGGUAAAGGUUAAGGGACCGGUACCCCCGGGCAUGUGGACCAAACAUAACAUUUGAACUCAAAGGGCACGAUCCAUUCAACCAAAAUUCUGACUGGUCCAACCGGGAAAAAUGGUCCACCUCAAAAGGUAGACCUGUUUUUUCCAAACUUUUGCGGUUGGACUGAACUGAUCCAUUGAGUGUUGGACCGAAAUUUCUGGAAAUUUGGGUUGAAUGGAUCGUGCCCAAAAAGUUAGAAAAACAAAAGUCGAAACCAAAAAAAAAUGCCCUGUUAUAAAUGAAAAGAACAGUGGUUCCAGACGAGGAAACAGGUUAAGAGAAUGAUCAAACAUUAGUAAAUUCCAGUGCAGCUGAGAAAGCUAAAAGCAAAGAUGAAAAUCCAGAAAUAUCCUGCAAGCAGGCUCACUCUUGCAAGUUCAGCCCAUUCUCCUUGCAGAAUGGUGGCUCCACCACCAAAAAUUUUUCCUAACUUGCACAAGUGAGACUGCUUGCAGGCUUGAAUCCAAAAACACUCAAUACAAGAGUCACCAAGUGCAUUGUGAGUGACUAAAAAAGUCUAGAGCAGUGGAAAAUAUACCUGCUACUGAGCUUGACCCUCUUUUUCCAAAUUUUUAAUUUUUCAUUGCCACUUGUCCGUUACAAUAAACUUCUUAUUAGGCAACCCGUGAACCAAUUUAGCUGAAAUUUGACCAACUUACUGUCAAAUAGUUUUUCUAAAAAACUGUUCUGUGAAUUUUCAUUUCUGUUUUCAUUUUCGAGUUAGAGCAUUUUCUCACAGGUAGUGCUAAUGAUUUGCUAUCUCUAACUUCAACUGCUUAUAACAAAAGAACAAACGUACUUGACAAAAAUCUGAAACAGUUUUUUAGUCAAACUUGUUAAGAAGCGAAUGCAACCUUCUGUUCAUUUUUGGUGGGCCUGGACUUAAACGUACAGUGAUACUCACUUUCACAAAAAGCUUCUCAUUUCUGAAUUGCAUUAAUAUUUUGAUUUUUUGAAAGGAAUGAGCAAUAAUCUGGAACUACUAAGCUUUCAGAAAAUUUAUGGUUCAUGGGGGAAUUUAUUAAAAGGAAAAGCACUAGUGCUGAUCAACGUGAGAAGGGUGCUUGAGGGUGGAUGAUACCUUAACCAAGCUAGGUGGAUCUGUUUGUGAGAAUCUUGACCUCUGUCGCUGGUUUAGACCUCACUGCAUCCAGUGUGUACUGGGGACCUCAGUCAAGAUUCUCCCUUAACUUAGCUUGGUAAUCAAAUGCUGUAGGUUAUUUGAGGCUUUCUCUCCCUCACAUUUUCCUAAAAAAAAAUAGACAGCUCAGACCUCAAAUUAGCUGGUAUUUUAGCCAGUUGCCAGCACUAAAUAUUAUUAGAACCCUGAAUUGUUGAAUUAUAAUUUUAGCCUUUUUCAUGACCAAAAUGGAAAUUAAUCUCUUUUACUGCUCUUUGAAAAGAUGAUUAAUUUAUUCAAACACCUUCAGGUUUUCAACUCAGAUAUCACUGAUUGGAGGUACCAUUGUAAGAACUAAUUCAACAUCCUUUUAACUUUUGUUUGAUUUUAGUUCCUGUGUUGCAGAUUAAUACCUAUGAUAUGAUGAAUUCCCCUUGACAUAUAGUGAUAUACCACUAGUGAUAUGACUGACUAUGCUUUCCUUCACAUACAUGUAUGGCAGCCAGUGUUUGUUGUUCCCAUCCCCACUACCCCUUGAAAUUCUUCUAGUUAUUAUUUAAGUUUCUUUUUUGCUAGAUUUGACCUAAGCCACUACCAAAAAGAUUUGAGCAUCAACCAUUCAAGACACCAUAAUUUCUCAAUCUUUGACUUUUAAUAUUUGAGUGCUUUUAAAUCCUUUGAUGUGAUAUCAUUGCUGUAAUUGAUUACUUUCAAUUUUUUUUCUUUUUUCUGACUUAAUAUUAAGACACGAAAUGCCUAGAUUAAAGUUAAGGCGAGGUGUGGGCUCAUUUACAUCUAUUUUGUAACAAUUUGGUUUCAUUUGACAAUUAUUAUGUAGUUUAUUAUGCAGAUCAUUGAUCUUGAGUGGAGAAAAGUCUUUGAGUGGAAAUCAAAGGUAACAAAGUAAUAAAAUAUGACAAAUAACUUUGUAAUUUGUAGGUAAGCUCUAUGCAGUUGGUGGUCUUGUUUGUGGUGUUGGAGUUCACAGUGGAGCACCCUUUAGGUAUUGUGAUAAUGGCUGUGAAAGCUUUGACCCUGAGACUGGUCAUUGGAGCAGAGUACCUCCUAUGAAUCAGUGCCGCAGUAACCACUCAGUGCAACCCUUAGGUAAGAAAGUCAUCUUAAAUGAAUUUUCAGUUGUUGAUAAUACAAAAAGUUUUCUCUUUAGAGCAAAAGUAGAAUGUUUUUCACAACAAAGCUUUUUUCAAGGGAUGGAAUUUGCCCAGUGACAUCAAUCAGCAAAUUUCUUAGUACAGGGUAGGGUGUUUGAGACCACAGACUCUGUUGUGAGCUUAUGGGUGAUAACAAUGUAGAUAUAAAAAUGCACAAAGGGUUGUAAUGAAAAAUAUUUAGAAAUUAAUAAAAUGCAUGGUGAAAAAACGAAAUUUUUAUAAUGUGGGCAAUUCAUUUUUCUGGCAAACUUAAUAUUUUUUAUUGCAAAUGUUUAUAGUUUUAUAUGCUCUCACUUCGUUACACUUAUUACAUCAUCAUUUGAAAUUUCUCUCCCUAUAAAAUAAUUUGUCAAAUCAACUUUAUUCAUACCCACAGUUAAUCCUUCAGGAAUUACAAAAUAUAUAGAUAAAAUAAUCUGAUGAUCGCUUAGUGCGUGAAACUCUGUGUUACAACUAUAUUAUUUAACUUCCAUCUUUUGCAUUUUUAUUAUUUUGUAUUUUUAAACAAAUUAAUUCCUAGGUUAUAAAAAAAAUAAGUUAUUAUGGUGGAACCCCGCCUUGCAGCCACCUUGGUAAUUCGGUCAUUUCGUUAUUAUUGCCACUGUUUUUUUGCCUGGCAAAACAGCAACAUUUCCUCAUAAAAAACUUCCGUGGUCACCGGGUAAAUAUGGCCAACAGUCACAAUUUAAAACCCCAAACAAUAGAAUCUCUUAGAAUUUCACACCGUGAAUAUGGCCAUUUGUUCGAAAUUUAGAAAAUUAAAGUGCCUUUGACAUGUCAAUUUUAUUGACCUAGUAAUCUGAACUUGUUCUUGUACUAUUUUGGACUACAGUACACUUAAAAUGCACUUGUGGCGGUUUUAUAGCCGAAGCUUAAAAGUGUUUUAUGUACUGACGGAAAAUUUUAAGUAGUUUUUUCAAUAAUUAUUACUGUAUGUGAUAUCUACAUUUCAGUUGUCUAUUAAUGAGAACAGUUGUUCAAGAAAUAUGAAUUCUGGCAAUUUAUGUUGUAUUUUUCAUUAUGGCCCUCAUGUCAUCAAAUUUGAGCCUACCCAGGUUAUACGGCCACCCUGUUAAUACUGCCACGUUUUUUUACCCAUUCUUGACUGUAUUAACGUGGUUCCACUGUUUUGUAUAAUACUUCAAUCUGUGAUUUUUUUAUACCGUUUUUUCUCUGAAGGUGGAUUUUUGUAUUCUUUGGGUGGUUAUGAUGGUAAUACAUACCUUAACACAAUGGAAUGCUACAACAGUUGCACUAAACAGUGGAGUCAUGUUGCACCUAUGCAUUACAGUCGAAGCUGUUUUGCUGCAGCUGUAUGUGAUGGCUAUCUCUACGCUCUGGGAGGCUAUGGGCCAUCUUAUCUUAGAACUGUUGAACGAUAUGAUCCCAGCUCAAAUUCCUGGGAAAUGAUGCCUGCUAUGAGCACAUACAGGAUCAAUUUUGGCGUUGGGGUCUUAAAUGGCUGUCUUUAUGUAGUUGGUGAGAAUACUUUUAAUUUUUUCUUUACAUUUCUCUUCUCCUCCUAAUUGGUUUGUAGUAGCUGGGAAAGGGUCUUGAACAGGAAGAUUAAAAAGGGCAUCCAUGCCAACUCUCAAAUGAACAGUCCUAAAACUAAAAUGUCAAAGAACAUUUGGCAUGGUAUUAAAACAGGGUUUAGAUGGUGAACAUUAAACAAAAGUGCAUGUUACUGUCAAACUCAGAAAACCGUGAACAGCUGAAAAAUUUUAGGAAGGUUUAUUGUGUAGUGACCAGUCACAAUAAAGUUCAGGACACGCCAGCAAACCACAAAACCACAAACUAAUUACCGUUAAUGUUUGCGGUUUAGUUUUCUCCCUCUUUAUUGGUUUCCUUCUCGCAAAACAAUAACAUUCCAUAAAUAUUGUGAGUUUCACAGUAAGUCAUUUUCAGUGUUGUUAUCCCUGAUAUCCUGAUAUUGUUUACCGUUGAAUGUAUCAAAAAGUUAUACAGCCCAAGCUACAUAAAAUCAAUACACCACUUUUUGGGGGGUCACUGAAUUUUUUUAACCACAUUCUUGUGCUUUUUUCAAGUUCCAACCUUUUUUUUCUCCUCUUGCCCACCAACCAAUGUUUUAGUAGACCGGACUAAUAAGCUCUUCAUGUUUCUGGUUAUUUUCCUUAGGUGGUCACAAUGGAGUUUCUCAUUUACGAAGUGUGGAGCGGUUUGACCCUGUAUCCAGUGAAUGGACCAUGGUCACACCCAUGAGUCGGCCUAGGACAGGACUAAGUGUGGCUGUGUUGAACGGCUUUCUAUAUUCAGUUGGUGGACAUGAUGGUUCAGGUUAUCUUAGCCUGGUGCAGCGUUAUGAUAUGCAUACAAACUCUUGGCAUAGUGUAGAGAGCAUGUUAUCUAGUCGGUGUAGCUUUGGUAUUGCAGCACUGUAAUAACUACAGAACGGCUUAACAUUGGUAAAACUGCACUCUCAAGAGUACAGAUGAAUGAUUAUUACUGUUAUUCAUGUGAAUUUAUAAAUUAAUAGUAUAAUUUUUAAAUUACUUUUUGCAUGACUUUUAUUUCCUAAAAAAAUUACUCCAUUCAAUUGUCUUAGCUCAGGAGCACCUAGCUUGCCAUAAAUGUGAUACCAGUCACUGUGAUACAUGUUCCUGUCUGGUUACCUUUUAAGUCAUAUAAUUCAAGGCUUGGUUCAGUAGACUGAACGGGCAAACUCUUAUAUGAACCUUCUUCUAAGGCAAUCAAAUUGCUUCCUUACACGUGUGUUCUUUCAGCAUUAUGUAAAAUUUGUUCUGUUGUGGUCAAAGCAAGACAAAAACAUAAAAACUCUCACAAAUGAUCAGAUCAGAAUUCUUGAGUUUUCUUUAAAAUAUAUUCAUCCUGUGGUGGGACUACAUGCCACAAUAAUUUUGUAUCUAUUGAUUCAUAAAGCGUACGAAAUAAGGCAAAAAUAGUGUAUUGUUCAAACAUAAUAAAAAUAAUAAGGAAAAUAAUACUGUCUGAAUACAAGGUACAAAAAAUGAGGUAUAUUCAGACUAAGUAAAUACUGGGAAAACAUAAUUUCUAAGAAAAAAUAAGACCCAUGACAGCUGUACAUUUACAUCGGACAAUAAAAGUAAACUAAAUUUCUCACUGGGUUUUCCAUACAAGAAACAUAAUGUUAUUGUUCUAAUCUGUAUGUUAAAAAAUAUUUGGCAUUUGGCUUAAAAUCAUUGCAAAUAGAUUACAGGGGUUUAUUGUGAGUGGUGUUCCACACAGAUGAAAACACCCAUUAUGUUCUUGUAGCAUAUUGAAGAUAGUUUCAGAGAAUAUUAAGAGUUUCCAUUGAUGCAAACCCUAGAAAUGCACUCAAAGCACCAUAUAAUGAUAAUGAUGUUAAGUUGAUUUGGGACUGGUUUGGAGGUGUUCAGACAAGACUGAUGAUUAGCAUAUUUCAUUAUUUCACUUUUUCUCUGACAUUGCUGAAUGACUUGCUAGAUAAGAUGCCUCAAACUGAAUUUACAUGCUCAGUUUGUUAAGUACUAGUGCCAAAGUAAGUGUUGAUGACAACUUUAGUUUACUGCAAACUGUAAAUUAUUAUACAGUUGAACCUCAAAAUGUGAGGUCACAGGAAGUGGUCAGUUACAAAAGUCAGACUGUUGAGGUCUUUAGGAAGGAAGUCCAGACACAUCUACUUUUUCAAUAGAAUGUAUUGCAUGCAAUAUUUAGCGUACAAUAUAUAUAAUUCCAAGUUGUUAUCUUCUUUUCAAACCCUGAGUUUGUGGUGCAUACAGUCAACACAAAGAUCUGCAGACCACUGUAUGAGGCGGUAGCUUAGUAGGGGUUAAAAACAAAACCGUCAUCCCAAAGAGUGGUCACAGUCUGGUCACCGUCUCUAACAUAAGCUUUUCAUUUAAGAGAGGUUCCAACUAUAAGGCUUUGAUUGGGAAAAUUUUGGUACAUUGGAAAAGUCGUUGCUUAUGGGAGGUAGCUACUUACGAGAGGUGCCUGUUCAUUAGAGGUGGUCACAUAUGGAGGUUCGAUUGAAGUUUACAUGGUAUGACUUUAGUGUUUGGUAGCCUGCGUAGCAGGCGCUUGCAAGUAGUGGGCACAAGAAAAAACGGGCGCCCGUUCCCUCUUUCGCCCGCUACUUCCAAGCGCCUGCUACGCGGGCUAAGUGUUUGGAGUCUUGUGUUAACACUCCAAACACCCUUACCAAACUUUUCAGUGCUACCAAAACAAGUUUCACUACUAUUAAAGCAAUUCAAGGUACUAGAUAAUAGUUGUUUAUUCCUUCAUCAUUGUAUUACGUUAGCUGCUCAGGGUUUUAGAUGACAAAUUUUAAUAAACAAUUUUCG